ACAUCAGCCUCAAUGAAUAUUUUUUUGUUUUAGUUUAAUAAUUGCUACUGACAAUGACCCCAACAACAGUACUGUCAUCUUCCCAUCAUCUUGUCCUGUAAUUUAAUUUUGCCACUCUUUAUGCCUCGCAACGGAUCUCGCGUUCGUGGUUAGUUUACCAUUAAUCUGCUGUAUCUGUGAAGGAAGGCCCUGCUGUGUAAUUGUUAAAGCAAGGAACAACAAUGGGCUUAUUCUCCAACAAGAUCGGCAGAGAUGACCUCAGAUCUGGGGACCAUGUUUAUUCAUGGCGAGGUGUUUACACGUAUUCCCACCACGGUAUUUAUGUUGGGAGCAACAAAGUGGUCCAUUUUACAAGAGCAUCGGGCCAAGAACUUGGUACUGGGACUAUUAUUGAUUCAUCUUUCUCUAGUCAAGUACAUCAUCAAACAUGUUUGAGGUGUGCUGACUGUGGAUUUCAAAGGGAGAAUAGUGGAGUAACCCUUUCUUGUUUAGAUUGCUUUCUUAAAGGAGGGCUUCUCUACCGCUUUGAAUAUGGUGUUGCCCCUGCUGUAUUUUUUGCACAAGCACGAGGAGGAACUUGUACACUUGCAGAAUCAGACCCCCCUGAUACAGUUAUUAACCGUGCAAUGUACCUGCUUCAAAAUGGAUUUGGAAAUUACCAUAUAUUUCACAACAAUUGUGAGGACUUUGCUAUCUAUUGCAAGACAGGGUUGCUUGUCACUGAAGAAAAUGCCCCAGGAAGAAGUGGGCAAGCGGCAUCAGUUAUUAGUGCUCCACUUGCUGCUCUUUCAUACUACCCAUUACGGGCUCUGAUGGCUAAUCCAGUAAGCUUGGCUACAGUUACAGCUGGAGUGUAUUCUUUCAACAGAUAUGCAACAGAUAUUGGUGUUCGUACUGAUGUAGUUAAGAUUCCGGUGGAGGACUUGGCUGCAAAUCUUGGGUGGUCAACCAACAUGGGCCCAUCACCGGCUGAAAGUUCAAGAAUCCCAAAGUAGCAUAUUGUUUUCUUCCUCCUAUUUUGGAAGGAUCAAAGAUAGUUGCACAUUGCUAACAUUUUAGUAGUGAAGGAGCUAGGGAAUAAAAUUUAUUUGGUUCCAGAAACCUUUUUAGGCUACCUUCAAAACAUUGCCAUCUUGCAUUAAUAAUUCACACCAUGUAUCAAUAUAAAGGUAACCUUAGUUUGCUUGUA